AUGACUUCCAAGUUCACGUCUCCCCCUUCGGUUCGUGCGGACUCCAGCCCGGUGGCGCUGUCGUUCCCGGACAACUGCGAUGGUCGCGUGGCAGUGAUCUCGCUCAAUGCGCCCGACAAACUCAACGCGCUCGGCUGGGCGGGGUACAAGAUGAUCACGCGCUGUCUCGAGUGGAUUGCGCAGCAGCCUGAGCUGGUGGUCACCAUCGUCACGGGCAAGGGCCGCUACUUCUCCGCCGGCGCCGAUGUCAAGGACCCCUCUCGCACCCUCCCUCCGGAAGUAGAAAAGGCCGACCCCAACACCGAAGAGGGCAAGGCGGUGAUUGGCGAGUUUUAUGCGAACCGAGCCAAUGCAGGACAGGGAAGGCUGGCGUCGGCGUUAAGGUCGCAUCCAAAGGUGCUGAUCGGUGCGAUGAAUGGACCGGCCGUCGGACUGUCCGCUGCGAUCCUGGGACACUGCGAUUUGGUGUACGCCUACGACGACUUUUUCUUCUUCACGCCCUUCAUGUCGCUCUCGCUCGUCGCCGAGGGUCUGACAUCGGUGACGUUUGUGCAGAAGAUGGGCCUCGGAAGGGCAACAGAGGCGCUACUCGAGGGACGGAAGAUGCUAGCACCCGAACUCAAAGAGGCCGGGUUCAUCACCAGACUCUACACCAAACCCGCCGGCUUCGACGGUAAGGACAAGCUGGCCACCCCGCCGAUUUUGGACGAUGUGCUGGCCAACGUGAGGGAGAAGAUGCUGCCGCCCAACGCAAGCCCCUUCUCCAUCCUCUACACCAAAAAGCUCCUCAGCGACGCCGCGUACAACUACCAGGGUGUCGACGCCGCCAACAAUGCCGAGCUUAAAGGCGCCGAGAUCGUGUUUGCCUCCGGUGCGCCCCAGAAGCGCUUUGAGCGCAUCGCCGGCGGUGCCAGGCACAAGCUGUAA